CAGAGAGCCCUAAGGUUAGGUGUGUUGGCAAAAUAAACAUAUUAAGGUAAUACUAAGGUAAACUAUUAAGGUAAGCAUAUUAAGGUUCUGGGGAAGAGUCACCCUACAGACACAGAGAGAGUGGGAGAAAGAAAUUGAAAAGCAAUAGUGAUAAGAAAGAUUUUGGAAUAUUAAAAACAGCAAGUUGGGUUUGAGCUUGCAGUGUAGGAUGUUGGGGAAAAAAACUUCCAGUGCAAUUGUGAGGCAAUCUGAACCUGUAUCUCAGAGCCAGGAGAUGACGCUGUCCUCUGUACAACUUGAGUUGGUGGUAUUCUCAGUAGCCUUCUUGAUUCAGGGUUAUCAGAACGGCCAUCGGGAGACUGAUUAAUAUAUUUUUUAAAACGUAAAGCUUCAAACACACUGCUUCUUAUCAACAAAAUCAAGAAACAGAGGCUUCUCUGUACUGUUUCAGUGGAGAUGGGGAAACAGUGUGGAAAUGUCAUCAGGCAAAUACUGUACAGGAAACUGUUAGACCAGAACUUGCUACACCAUUCACAUAACCAAGCCACAACUAUGGAGCAAGAGGUAACUGUUUUUAGAAUGCCAUUUAGAAUGGAUGUAUGUAUAUUGACUGCACUGAUGAAUAUUCAAAUCUUCACUGCUGUAUAUGUAAAAGGGCUUUGGUUUUAGUAAUUCUGCCAGAGGAUGGUCAGUGACAAAUCAGUGUGCUGCUUGUUUACAUCUCUUGCGAUUUCCAAAUCCUAAUUUCCAAAUUUGAAGCCCAAGACAGGUCUCGGUAACGCAUAUGCAGUUUGCAAAAACCCAGGAGUGGGAACUAACAGUCACACUUAAGGGGUGCAUCGGGCCUGAAAGUAAGAAGUGUCUGUACUCAAAUGGGUGUUGCAGGUGGUGUCACUAGUGAGUCCUUGUGACGGAGCCCUGACUCAGUGCCCAGCCUUAAUGGUACAGCUACCCAAGAGUGAGCUAUUUAAAUUUCCCAGCAUUUGAAAGGGGGAAUUAGCUCGUGUGUCCUGGGGAACUUUCAGGAAAUUAUACUCAUUCAGAGAGUCUCCUGCAUCCCUGAAAUAGAAUUAGUCUUCAGUCCAGGUCUUGAAUGGUGGUCCUCACUGUUACACUUCACACAGUGGAGGAUGAAGUCAGUUCUCCAUAAAUAUAUCCUAGGUAAGCUGUAGAUUUUGGAAUAUUCGAUGAUUGAUCUUCUAGUAUAUUCAGUUUCCUUUUGGUGAAGUACAUUAGCACUAUAUAGGUAUAUUCUUAUUGAAGUCAGUGGGCCAGAUUCUUCCACCUGUUAAACCUUCUUCUGCAGCUGUACUGCCCUGUGAAUGAACACUGUUCUUUGUGUUGUUAAUUCUGUCCAGGUACCAUUUACGAUUAUUCCCGACUGAUGAUCCAUUUAAUGGAGAUCAGUGACUGAUAUUUUUAGUCCAGAAAUAGAUCCCUUGUAGAGCCACAGCACAGCACUGCUGCAUGUCUCAUUUACUUAAGUGUAGCAGAAUCACUUUUUGUCCAAAAAUGAAAGAAAACCGAUGUGCCAAACUAAUCUUUUGGUAUUGGUAGCUAAUUAUUCUGCACUCAUGUCCUAGCAAAAUGAUUGUCUAAACAUGGAGCAAAUGAUUGUGAAGAGUUCUUGUAUUUCAGUAAAGGCAAAUAUGUUCAAUAGCAGUUCCUAACAGAGGCUUACUUCUAGAACCAAUACAUAUACAUGUCUGUUUUUUAAAAAACAGUUUCAAAAUAGACUAAUUUCAGGCCAAUAUAAAACUUGAUUUGACAAAUUCGGUUCAAGUUCUGCCUAUGGCCUGUCCUAGUCAUCUUUUUGGAUUUAUUUUUUUUUCAACAACAGAAAAAAAAAGACAAACUGACAGAGCAGAUUUUUCUUUAAAUGACGUAACUAUUUGUUCUGCUAGGACUUAGUGCACUUACCAGGCAAUUCAUCCAGUGUGUUUAUAGGCUGCCAGACUCAAAAAGGAGGAAAGGAUAGUGCUGAUUCUGAGAAUUAUUUUCUUGGGAAUGAGAUCAGUACUUUCAUUUCAUGAUCUCUUCACAGACUCCUUAGGGGUGUGCCUAAGCUGGACUUUAAUACUCUUAACACAUUGGCUCUCCCCAUGAACAGUGAUGAAAUAUCAGAAGAGUGUCUCUUAAACCCAGUAAGUAAGAUAUCCAGGAAGAACAGAUGCUCUUCUUGCUGAAAUUCCCAGCACACUUGUCUGUAACCACUGAGAUUGCUGACUGUUAAGCUUUUAUAGUAAUGUGUGUGCUACUCCUGCAACUAGUCCAAGUAUCCAGCACAAAACCAAACCGGGAAUUUGGCCUUGGGUAUCUAAGCAAGUGUCCACACAUCUGUCAUAAGGAAUAAAACAGAGCAAUUGCAGAGAAGUUUGUUACAGCUAUGAGAAAAGCUGGCAGGAAAUGCUGCUGCAGUGCAGAGGACAGUCAGCCUCGUUUGAGUGGAACAGAUUUGCACGCUGGCCAUAAAUACAUUUAUACAUUGAUUAGGGCUAGUUAUCUAAUGGAUUUAAAGUCUCACCAGAAAUACUAAUGCUCUGAAAAAAACUGCAUAACAACCAAUAUGAACCUGGCUGGAAAACCAGAGCUUAUACUGUGCCAAUGCUCUGCUGAGAGACAGAGAAAUAUAUGCAGCUUAUUUUGACUCUUUCCAAAAUAGGACAGAGUAAGGCUUCCAUACAACUGCAUGACAACAGCAUUUCAUGCCAUAUUUAGGCAACUUCUUGCAAUCUCCCCACUUAAAAAUCCUAAAAUUCAGAGGUGGAAUGUGAUCCUUCUUUAAUUAAAUUGCAUCAGUACCCUCCUGUGUCUACUUAUCUAGCAACUUUCUGUCCCAUUUCUGGGCUCAUUUUUUUGCAAGUAGUUCAAGCAUCCAGCAUAAACUUAGCUGUUUGGCAUAUGAGAAUUCUUACAUAAGACCUCAGCUGUGAGAUCUGACAUGUAUCCACCAUAGAGCUUUGAACAAUGCUAUCUGGAAGAAGAAAAAUGUGUUGCUAACUGUGACGUUAUCAGCUGCCAUAUGGAUAGAAUGAGUGCUGAAUUGAAACAAGAUUAGAUGCAGAUUUCUAAUGCUUGAUAUUACAGCCAAAUGUAACUUGAGCUCAGACUCUCAAAACUCUAUUGCAUGACAUCCAUCUCCGUUAUAAAUGGGGUGAUGUAGUAACUCCCCAAAAGUCUGGGCCAAUGCUCAAACUUUUAACAUAUUCUUUCAAGUCCCAGGGAACAGGCUGAUAGAUUAGUUUUCUUCCCUUAGUAAAGUAUACUAAGUGCUAGCAAUUUAACAAAAUGAUUGGGCAACCACAUCCAUUCCUAAGUAACUGCAUGUCAUUUCUUAAUAUUAGAGCUGAUCAUUCAACAUCUUUAUACAGCUUUGGAUUCACUUAAGUCUUCAGUGUGUAUAAUGACAGUAGUUCCAUCUUACAAUUCUUUCAUAUUUUAUUUGGUGUAUUGGAUGUGCCAAAGUGUACCUUCCUACACAUCCUUUAUAGGAAAUACUAAGGUUGUUACAAGUGGAAGUCACAGAGGUGUCCGGCAUGUUUACAGCCAAACUCAAAGUCAUGCAAAAUCCAUCUCAUUCUUGGUUUUCUUUUGAACUUGAACACAGUUCAGAAUCCCAGAAAUACUUUUGGCAGUGUCCCUACAUUCUCAAUACAUGGGAACAUACCACAGUUGCUUUUCUACUACAGGAAAGCAUGCCUUUGUACCUUGGGAAUAAUUUUGUCCUUACUUCUUUCCAAAUCAAUGUUAAAUUUAGUCAAAUACAGUUAAAAGGACUGAUGUUUUGCAGGCUCCCCUCUGUGCUAACCCACUCUGCUGAUUUGAAUAGGCUCCUCAAACUUCUCCCAGGAUGUAAAGACUUUCCAUGUUGAUGAGUCUCUGCUUAAUGCCAUUACUGUAGUAAGUAACAAAAAUACUUCAUUUGAAAGUCCUUUCUUAGUAAGGGCAGAAUUACUUGUGCUUGCAGAGGCACAAGAGCAAUGGCACAAGAACUUGUUCUGUUCUUAGAAAAAAUAUUACCCUGUGGUGGAUGCCAGCAGUAAAGUGUCAUGGAUUGUGUACUGUAUAUUUUCUGAUCAGAGGAAUAAGAUCAGCACUGUGUGUGACCAGGACUUUUGGAAUAUUUUCAGAUAGCAUGGGUAUGUUCAUUUAAUUAGGAUUCCUUUGCUCCAUCCUGUGCUAUAUUUGCUCCCCUUUCUUCUUUCGUUAUCCUGUUCUCUUUCUUUAUAUUCUGGAUUUCCUGUUCUGUACCAACCAUUACAGACAAGAAAUGAUAGUGGAGGGAAACUUCAGCAAGACCAGCUAAGGCAAGUAAACCAACUUUCUCAUGUAAAUUGCAUAAACAUUAACUGUAAUUUUGGUAUUCUUGAUUCACUGCAAUGCCAUCAGCAGAGCACUUAGUAAAGGUGGUGCCUACUGUAACAGUCCCAAGCAGACUGUCAGAAUCAUGGGCUACCUUUAGAAAAGGCUGGAGUCUAAAAUGCCGGAUAAUCGCUGCAGAGUUGCACAUGACAGCAUGGAGGACUGCAUGUCAGAAGAGGUUUUCCUCUUUCCAUGAUUUUAUCAGAUGGCUUCUCUGCCUUGCACAAAGUAUAGGAUAAUACAGACCAGUAAGUCAUGCUGAUAACUGGCAGCUAAUGUUAAAAGAAUGCAAUUAUCAAUUUGCUGCAUUGUCUUUCCAUUAACGGGGCUGUGUCAGACAUAGAGUUAGACAACUAAGUAUUCUUCUUGUUAGCUCCAUUUGUAAGAUUAGUUGCCUGUUUUUAUUUUUAACCUAAAUAAGCAUUUUCUUGAAUUGUGCUUUAACUUAGCUAGUACACCAUCCACAAGGUUGCCCCUCUAUCACUUCUACAUUCUCCUUGCUUAGCCAGAAAGUUGAUGUGUGCAGACUGGUCUCAAAUGCCUGGAAUCCUUUAUGAUAAUUGUCAUUGAUGUAAAGUAAAUGUAACGUGCUUCUGAUCAAAACAGUAGCAACAGAUGGUUGAUAUUCGUUCAACAGACCUGUUUCUCUGCCAAGCCAGUUAUUCCAGUUGAAGCUCUGGUGCAGAAGAUACAAGAUAUUGAAAAACUGAGCCCAUGAUCCUGUAUUCAGUGCAAAAGAAUUCAUUGAGUCAAGCCAAAAAGCAUGUUUCCGUGUAGUCACAAAACCAACAGCAAUCUUCAUAAAGUAACUUCGCUGGAAGCAAUAAACCAGCUACUCAUGCCCGGGAUGAAUGUGAAAAUAAAUGAUGGCAGAUGAAAAGAAGAAACAGGCAGAUUUUAUUUGGUCAUCGUCCGUACUGGUGGGUGCACGAAACAGUGAUUUAUCCCAAUCAGUCAAGUCCAUGCCUUGAACAGUUUCCUAUAACAUGUGAAACUGGACCAGGAAGCCCAUCUGGGCAUGCCAUGGGAUCCUCCUGCGUCUGGUAUGUAAUGGUAACAGCAGCACUUAGCUACACAGUAAGGUGGAAGGACAAAUCAGCAGUUACCCUUCACAGACUGACAUGGUCAUUACUCUGGAGUAUUUUUUGGAUUAUCCAGAUCAGUGUGUGCAUCUCAAGAGUAUUCAUAGCAACACAUUUCCCUCAUCAAGUUAUUCUCGGAGUAUUUGCCGGCAUACUUGUGGCGGAAGCAUUUGAGCAUGCCCCUGCUAUUCAGACAGCAAGCCUGAGAAUGUACAUCAAGACAAACUUGUUUCUUUUCAUCUUUGCCCUUGGGUUUUACCUAGUCCUCAAGCUUCUUGAUAUUGACUUGUUAUGGUCUGUUCCAAAGGCCAAGAAGUGGUGUGCCAAUCCAGACUGGAUAAACAUCGACACUACUCCAUUUGCUGGACUGGUGAGGAAUUUAGGUGCACUCUUUGGCCUAGGUCUCGGUAUUAAUUCUGAAAUGUUCAUCGCAAGCUGCAAAGGUAAAAAUAGCUGUAAGAUAAGCUUCCGCAUAUUGUGUAUAGCUGCUUCUUUAGCAACGCUGCAGCUGUAUAACGUUGUUAAGAUACCUACUCAUACUGAGUGUUUGUUUUACAUUCUCUCUUUUUGUAAGAGUGCAGCUAUGCCUCUGACUGUAGUUGCCUUGGUUCCAUACUGUGUCCACUCAUUAAUGAGGACAACUGAAAAGAAACUUAAUUAGAUAAGUUUUUGAAAUGGUUGGCAAUGUAAGGAUGGAUAUGAGCUGUUCAAGAACCCUCUGCAAAGACAGUUCUGCUAACUCAUUUUAUCCAAGGGAGAUGCCACUGCAUCUUUGAUGUGUUCUUGGUAAGUAGCCAGUGUAUCUAACAUCUGCACAUUCAGGAGUGAUUUUGGCAGCUCAAAAACGUUAAGUAGCUGCUGACUUUAUUCUUAGAAAUAUUGUAAUGAAGGAUACUGCAGUAUGGUUUUCUAACAAUACUCUGAGUCAUGCUGAAGUUUUAAAGUAUAAUUGAAUAGUUUCAUUUAGCUACUUGGUGGUCUUUUAGUUCUGUCCACAAACUAGAUGGUGCUUCAGUUGUAUAUAGUGAUAUUCAAUAUUUUUGAUUUUUUAUAGAGAUACUGUGUGCUAAACUGCUAGCUAAGGGUGUGACAGUAUUAUACCACCUACAACUGUACAGCUGGCCCUAUGAACUGUGAAAAGGCCAACAUAAUUUUAAGAAAAGCUUUCUAUAGGCUUAACUUAUUGAGCUUCCUGAGCAAAACAGCUUCUGAUUAAGCCUGAUGAGGAAAAAAAUUUAAGUUUGUCUCAAUUAGACUCUGUAGAAUAUAUCAUUGUAUUACUGUGGUUUUGUCAUUUUUACUUUUUAAAAAUGUCAUAUAAAUCAUGAAUGCUAAUUAUUAUACCUUUGAUGUUGAAAAUGCAUGUGUAUGAUGUGGAAAAUAUUUGAGUCCUCUACUAUACAGAAUAACAAAUGAAGAAAGUUAUCAAUCAUGAAAUUAUCUUGGCAUAUUCCCUCAAGAUUGUUGUUCAUGCUUCUGUACCGCAAAGGUAAAUUAGUCUAAUUCUCUCAGUUUGAAAGUCACAAGCCUGAAUCAGUUAGUGGUUGUGUAAAUCAAGAAAAUGAAAUUGCAGAGUAAAUCAUUGCAAAUUUAUAUUCUUGUAUGCUUAGUUUAUUUAAGCACAGGAGUAACUAAUAUUUUAAAUAUGUUUGUUAUAUAAAACUAAUGCUCUAAAUAUAUACAUGGUCAGAUAUUUUUCCCUUUUUAUUCAUUAUUUAGCACCUAUUGUUGCAUAUUCUCUUUCACUGCACAAUUUCUAAGCACUACUUUCCUUAUAGUACUGAGUAUAUGUGCAAUGUAAGGUUAUAACAAUAUCUGUAAUUAGGGCUGUCUAUGUGUGAUCUGGUAACAAGGCUUAGAAGAUGUAAGCAUACUAUUGCUUUUAGACUUCCAAUUAGUGCUGGGAUGACAGAAAUGUGAAGAAUCUCAUUUAAUUAGGAAAACAAGCUGAAUAAUUUUGGGUUGGCCCUUGGGAAUGCACGUGAUACAAAUGACAGAGGCAAACAGAAUCAUUGAGGUUGGAAACGACCUCUAAGAUCAUCUAGUCCAAUCUUUAACCUAACAGUGCCAACAUGAAACAAGCUCUAAUGAUUAAAGCAGACAGCCAAUAACGCAGCUUCCUUACUCAUUUUCAGUUAAGGAUUAAAUAGAAUACGCUUCUUUAGAAAAAAAAUAGCACUUUGAUGUUGAUUAUGUGAUUUCACUAGGUUCUGAUAAAGAAAUGCUAUUACUGAAAUUGUGUGAAAGCUGAAAUUGUUUUGUUUUUUGUUGCCUGGAAUUAUUUGAGUUUCAGCAGUUGGUACAGUAGUUGCACAGUUUUGUAAGAAACUCCAUUAUGGUGUGGCUUGUUACAAAGUGGGAAAACUGCCCCACCACCCCCUGUAAGUU